AUGCUGUUUUCAUCAUGUGGAUUCACUAGAGAAAUGACCACCUUUGAUCAGCCAAGCAAAAUCAAAAACUUGUUUAUUUGCUGCCUAUGCCCCCCAUGGGUGCUGAGGCUCUGGACUUGCAGGCGCCCGAGGACAAGGAGGAAUCUGCUAGUGGGCACCGUGUGUGUGAUCUACGUGGGAUUCCUCAUCAGUCAAGUGGGUCAUGUUUUACCCCAGCACAAAGGAGGACACCAGAAGAUCGGUUCCAGAAGCCUUCAAGAUGCAGCCCAAACACCUUUUCUGGGCAUCCCACUGGAUGGCACCCUGUCACCACCCAAUUUCCAGGAACCCCAGCUUAGUAGCAAUGGGACCUUGCUGCCACCCAAUGUCGUUUAUAUCACCCUGCGGUCCAAGCGCAGCAAGCCUGCCAAUAUCAGAGGCACAGUGAAGCCAAAGCGCAGGAAGAAACACACAACUCCUUUGUCCUAUGGGCAGCGCUUUCCAAAAGAUACUUUUAAAGGCCAGGAAGAGGCCUUGGCCCAACAGCCAGGGAGGGCCGCGCAUGCCACGGGCACAGUGGGAGCAGCAAUAGCUCUGGAGGCCAGAAAGCACCAGCUGAAUGAGUACAGGCAUAAGGGAAUGGCACUCAGCGAGAGGGGCCUCGAGAGACCUGGGGGGAUUGCUGAAGCGACAAAGGCACAGCCCCAUCCCGCGGAAAGCAACAUCAGGAUCUACAGUGAGAGCUCUCCCUCAUGGCUGAGCAGAGAGGACAUCCUAAACAUGCGCAUGCUGGCCGAUUCUCAGAUAGAGAGCAUCCAAGAAGUACCUUCUCAUAAAGCAGUCCUCGUAGCGUUUGCAAGAGGUCCCAGCCCCACAGGAACUGCUUGUCAUCAGGGACACUGUGGCAUCAUCAAAAGACCCCUCGACAUGAGUGAGGUGUUUGCCUUUCAUUUGGAUAGGAUCUUGGGUCUAAACAGGAGCUUACCUUCUGUAAGCAGGAGAUCCGAAUUCUUCCAAGAUGGUCAAGCCUGUCCCAUUACUCUCUGGGAUUCGUCACUGAGUCCAACAGAUAAUAAUACUCAUUCUUCAGUGAAAUUAACCUGGGGGCAGUAUCAGCAGCUACUGAAGCAGAAAUGCUGGCAGAAUGGUAAAGUUCCCAAAGCUGAGUGGGGCUGUACUGAAAUCCAUCAUCACGAGUGGUCCAAGAUGGCACUCUUUGAUUUUCUUCUGCAGAUCUAUAAUCGGCUAGACAGAAACUGCUGUGGAUUCAAACCUCUCAAGGAGGAUUCCUGCGUGCAGCAAGGACUGAAGCUGAAAUGUAGUGAUCAGGAUGCUGUUGACCUGACACACAUAGUUCAGAGAAGGCAUGACCGAAGGCACUUGGCCUUUAUAGACAAUAAGGGUUUCUUUGACAGAAAUGAGGACAAUCUUGACUUCAAAAUAUUACAAGGAAUCAAUGAAUUCCCUGAAUCUGCAGUUUCAGUGCUGAAGAGCCAACGUUUACGUGAGAAGUUGCUCCAAUCUUUGUUCCUUGACAAAAUAUACUGGGAGAGCCAAGGAGGCAGAAAAGGAAUUGAAAAGCUUAUUGAUGUAAUAGAAAGGAGGUCUAAAAUUUUUCUUACUUAUAUAAAUGCACAUGGAGCCAAAGUAGUGCCCAUGAAUGAAUGAAGCAGUCUGGUUUCCAUCUGACCUAUGGUCUUGAAAAAAAUUUAUAUGAGGCAAAAAUUGUCAGUAAAAUGGAUUUAAUUCAUAGGGGGUUUUUUUAUUUUUUUUUCCCCAAACUGUCAAGUUUAUUUUUAAAUAAGAAAUCUUACAUGG